CCGCCGGUUCUUGCAACUUUCCCAAGUUUAAUGGUGUGGAUUUGUUGAGAAGAUGGAAGGGGAAGAAGAUAAUGUAUGUGGGUGACUCACUGAGUCUUAACAUGUGGCAGUCCAUGGCCUGCAUACUCCAUUCCUCCCUACCCCAACCCGCCAAUAUCUCCUAUCACAGGGACGCACCCACUCCCAAUGUAACCUUUUUGGUUAGAAGCUCUAGUCACACACUAAGUAGCUGCUCCAGUUUUCAUCCGCCUCCAACCCAUCCUCCUUAUUUAUAUUUUGGGGUCCGCUCAUGUUGUUCACCAUUACCUUUGAUGCCGUUGAUGCGGAAGACGGCGAGGCUCCAAAGAGGAUUAUGGAGUGACAUUAUAUCUGUAUCACUCAACUAACUUGGUGGAUAUAGUACGUGAAAAGAAAGGCAGGGUCUUGAAAUUGGAGUCCAUUGACCAAGACGGUGCUGCACUUUGGAAAACAAUGGAUGUGCUGAUCUUCAACACUUGGCACUGGUGGACUCACACCGGAACGUCUCAACCAUGGGAUUUUAUACAAGUAGAUUCUACACAUAUGGUGCCAGAUAUGGACCGUUUGAAAGCAUUCGAGAAAGCAUUCACAACUUGGAGAAACUGGGUUGUUGACAAUGUCAAACCUGACAAGACCAAAGUCUUCUUCCAAGGAAUUUCUCCUUCUCAUUAUCU